AUGUCACAUGUCAGGUGUAUCGACUUGCUGGUUACACUCUUCCCAUGGAUUGAAAAGAACGUCACCACCAAAGAUGCACGGAACACAGCCAUUGACCAGCUGAUUACAUGGCGGGAAUACGAGAUCCAGGUUGCGGCGUACAAUCACAGAGGAUUGGGUGUCUUCAGCAAGAGUAUCGAUGUGACAACUGCUGAAGGAGUUCCAACCCAAGCUCCAAAGAAUGUCAUCGCAAAUGUGCUCAACUCGACAGCGGUUGAGAUCACCUUUACGGCUCCGGACCAACAGCGAAUUCCCGGAGUUAACCUUGGAUACAAGGUAGCGCUGAGGUGGAAUUUUGGAAAGGUACGCCUCAACAUAGCAAUCUCUAUCGUCAAGUGCUAG